AUGGAAGACCCGAAUGCCGAGGCGCUCUACGAGUAUUCUCGAAGGGGCAAAGUGGAUGAGGUUCGAGCCCUCCUUGACGGGGGAGUGGGACCUGAUGCAUACUUGGCCUAUGACGGCAGCACGCCGUUGAUCAUAGCCGCGCGCGGUGGCCGCGCUGAGGUGGUGAGCCUCCUCUUGGAGCGUCGCGCAUCUUUGGAGCCGCGCACCGACGACGGCAGCUCAGUGCUCAUUCAUGCGGUGAGCGGUGGCAGCCAAGAAGCCGUCAGGGUCCUGCUGGGCGCAAGGGCAGACGCCAACGAGGGCAACGACGAUGGCGUCACACCCCUGAUUCUGGCCGCCGACAAGGGCGUGCUGGACGUUGUGCGGGCGCUCGUCGAAGCAGGUGCCGACGUCGGGGUGGCAGCCGAGGACUGGGGCUCCCCGCUGGACAGUGCUGCCGCGGCCGGGCACUCGGAGGUGGAGGCCUACCUGGCGUCGCUCGGCGCCACCGCGGGAGCACAGGCGCAGCCCCGGGAAGCCAGGAAGGUGGCAGCCUCGGAGCAGUGGGGCUACGAUGCCUUCGACGGGGAAGAGGACUACUGA